AUGUUCAAAAACAUUCAAUACCAAAGCAGUAAUAGUAAGGCAGAAGAAGAGGCCAAAAGACUCGCUGAAGAGGAAGAGGAGAAAAAGCCGGACAGACUUGCGCUCCUACUCCAGGAGUCGAAGUUCACGUGUGGAGACAAAAAAGACGGCUAUUAUGCCGACGAAAGUGUUGGCUGUCAGGUGUUCCACUACUGUGUUGCCGGUGCUAAGCAUAGCUGGCAGUGCCCCGAGAAUACAGUCUUCCAUCAAAUUCACUUGAAUUGUGUUCCGGCGGCA